AUGACACCAAAAUCAAUAACUCGAUCACGACGUCCAUCAUCAACAUCAUCAAUCAAUACAAUAACAACAACAACCACAACUACAACUAGUCUACCACCACCUUCAAUAUCACAUGACACAACUACAAGAAUUAUUCGUUGUUUAGCAAAUACAAAUCAACGAACAAAUGAAGAUAAAAAACUUCGAAUACCCAUGUCACCAACAGAUACAUUAUCUAGUCUUCGUUAUCAAGUUCUUAAACGUCUCUAUGAUAAUUUUAAUAUUUAUGCUUGUUCAGUUACAUUAUAUGACCGUCAAGAUUGGGAAUUGGGCAUGUCCGAAAGUGAUACGAUCCAAUUAGCAAUACCCGCUGAUGAAACUGAUAUAAAAGCAACUUAUAUUGAAAAGGAUCCAAUUAUUGUAUAUGAACAACUUUGUAAAGCAAAUAAAAUUGCUGCUUAUUCAAAUAUUCGAUCGGCAUUGAAAUUAUUUUUUGAUAAAUUUGAAUUAUCUCUUCAACGAUUAAGUUUAAGAUUAGAACAAACAAUAUGUAUAUUACAAGUCUUUGAAAAUUUCAUGUUUAUUUAUUCAAUAAAUUUAUCAGAGAAUAAUCUAACUGAUGGAAUAUUUGAUCAAUUAGCAAAAUUAUCUCUCGAUCAACUUAAAUCAUUAAAUCUUUCACAAAAUAAAUUUACUUCAAAUGGAAUACGUAAAUUAUUUGAACAGAAAACUAUGAAUAAUUUACUUCUACUUGAUUUAACUGGAAAUAUAGAUAUUGAUUGUGUUACAUUAACAUUUAUCCGAUCUCGACAUCCAAAUAUAACUGUAUAUCAUUGAACAGAAUUUGUACUGUUUUCUUUUUGUUUAAAUUGAAAAAAAAACAAAAAAUGAAUUUAUUACAAAUAAAAGUUACAUUGGCUACUAUUUUUUUUUUCUAGAUAUGACUUCAUAUUUAUGGCCAUCAUCACCAUUAGCAACAAUUACUAUUCUAGU